AUGCGAGCGUUUCACCUGACAUGGUUCGCGUUCUUCCGAGCGUUCUUCGGGUGGUUCGGGAUUGCGCCACUGAUGGUGCUGGUGCGUGAGGACCUGCUGCUGACGAAGGCGCAGAUCGGCAACACGAUCAUCGCAUCGGUUGCGAUAACAGUCGUCGCACGGCUGGCGAUCGGGUGGCUGUGCGACAGGAUCGGGCCUCGCAUCGCUUACAGUGGUCUGCUGAUUUUUGGCUCCAUUCCGGUGAUGUGCAUCGGGCUGGCGCAGAGCUACGAGACUUUCCUGCUGUUCAGACUUGCAAUCGGUGUUAUCGGGGCUUCUUUCGUUAUCACGCAGUAUCACACUUCGGUGAUGUUCUCGUCGAAUGUGGUUGGUACGGCGAACGCGACGACGGCGGGCUGGGGCAACAUGGGCGGCGGUGUUACGCAGAUGGCGAUGCCGCUGGUGCUCGCCGGCGCGCUGAUGUUCGGUGUGGGCGAGACGCUUGGGUGGCGGGUGGCGAUGGUGGUGCCGGGCGUGGCGCUGUUCCUGGUGGGCAUCGCGUACUUCUUCCUGACGCAGGACGCGCCGCUGGGCAACUACAAGGAUCUGCGGGCGCGGGGGCUGAUGCCGCAGGCGUCGCAGGUGCGCGGGACGUUCCUGAUGGCGGCGAAGGACUAUCGCGUGUGGGCGCUGUUCAUCAUUUAUGGCGCGUGCUUCGGAGUGGAGCUGACCAUCAACAACAUAGCGGCGCUGUACUACUUCGACAGGUUCGAGCUGGACCUGAAGACGGCUGGCCUGAUCGCGGGACUGUUCGGGCUGAUGAACCUGUUCGCGCGGACGCUGGGCGGCGUCUUCGGCGACAAGUUCGGCAUCAAGUUCGGCUGA